CGCCGCCUGCUCGCGUGGACGCGCGCGCGCCCACCCACUCCUCUCCUUCCUCCCUCCCCCGCAAAAGCACAAAGAGAGCCAGCCAGCGAGCGGAGGAGGAGCAAAUUGGCGCCCCUUCUUCCUCUUCCUCCCCUUCCUCCACGCAGGCAGGCUUGCGAAUUUUACAUCCACCACUCGAGUUUACAGUAGUAUCACUCCUUCCUCUCUCGGAGUCUCCGUCGUCCAGUUCCAGUCCACCUGCGCCGGCUUACCGUGGGUGGGAUCUUCUGGAUGGAGGCCGCCACGGCGGCAUCGGCGUCGGCAGCCCCGCAUCUCCUCCACUGCGGGGGGUUCGGCCGUCGCGUAGCGGGGCUCGCUUCCCCGCUCCCACGCCGCAGGAACCGCCGCCUCCGCCGCGUCCUCGCCGUCGCCACCGAGCCCAGGCCUUCCUCGUCCUCGCGCCCCAAGCCCCGGAACGGCCCCAAUGGCUUACCAUCCACCAGGUUCGGGGAUGUGUCCAAGGAGAUCAAGCGGGUGCGCAAGCAGAUGGAGGAGGACGAGCAGCUCGCCUCCCUCAUGCGCGGCCUCCGCGGACAGAACCUCCGCGACGACCAGUUCGCCGACGCCGACGUCACCAUGCGCCUCGUCGAGGUUACUAACACUGAGGGCCUGCCUCUUGUGUAUAACCCUGAGAUCAUAUCGGCGUACUGGGGCAAACGACCAGGGGCUGUCGCCACACGAGCAGUGCAGCUCUUGUCUGUGGCUGGUGGUUUCAUCUCCGGUAUCAUAUCAGACCUCAUCAGUGACAAAAUCAAGGAGAACGAAGUGGCGCGUGCCAUUGAGCUGAGGGAGAUCGUAACGUCUUUGGGCCCUGCUUACAUUAAGCUCGGGCAGGCGCUGAGCAUCCGGCCAGAUAUUCUGUCGCCUGCAGCGAUGACUGAGUUGCAGAAACUAUGUGACAAGGUUCCUUCGUUUCCAGAUGAUAUUGCUAUGGCUCUUCUGGAAGAAGAGCUUGGUCAGCCAUGGCAAGAAAUAUACUCAGAAUUGUCUCCCUCCCCAAUCGCUGCAGCAUCUCUGGGACAGGUAUACAAGGGCCGCCUGAAAGAAACAGGAGAUCUGGUGGCUGUGAAAGUGCAGAGACCAUUUGUUCUUGAGACUGUCACCAUAGAUCUAUUUAUCAUUAGAAAUUUGGGGUUAGUCCUCAAGAGAUUUCCACAGGUUUCCCUUGACGUCGUUGGCCUAGUAGAUGAGUGGGCUGCCCGGUUUUUUGAAGAACUUGAUUAUGUAAAUGAAGGGGAAAAUGGUGUCCGCUUUGCUGAAAUGAUGAGAGAAGAUCUUCCCCAGGUUGUUGUACCAAAGACGUACCCGAAAUACACAUCUAGGAAAGUUCUUACCACAGGAUGGGUAGAUGGAGAGAAGCUGUCACAAAGUACUGAGGAUGACGUUGGAUCAUUGGUCAAUGUAGGAGUCAUAUGCUAUCUAAAACAGUUGCUUGACACUGGAUUCUUCCAUGCUGACCCUCAUCCUGGAAAUAUGAUUAGAACACCAGAUGGAAAGCUGGCUAUUCUUGAUUUUGGGCUUGUAACAAAGUUGACAGAUGACCAAAAGUAUGGAAUGAUUGAAGCAAUAGCUCACCUUAUUCAUCGUGAUUAUGAUGCAAUCGUGAAGGACUUUGUGAAGCUUGGUUUCAUCCCUGAGGGAGUUAACUUGGAUCCAAUCUUGCCUGUACUGGCUAAAGUUUUUGAUCAAGCACUUGAAGGAGGUGGCGCGAAGAAUAUUAACUUUCAAGAGCUGGCAGCAGAUCUAGCACAGAUAACAUUUGAUUACCCAUUCAGGAUACCUCCUUAUUUUGCUUUGAUCAUUAGAGCUAUUGGAGUAUUAGAAGGUAUAGCUUUGGUGGGAGACCCUGAAUUUGCCAUCGUCGAUGAAGCAUACCCAUAUAUUGCACAGAGGCUACUGACGGAUGAGUCACCUCGACUAAGGAGUGCUUUACGUUACACAAUAUAUGGAAAAACUGGUGUCUUCGACGCAGAAAGGUUCAUUGAUGUUAUGCAAGCUUUCGAGAAUUUCAUCAGUGCAGCAAAGAGUGGUGGUGGAGAGGACAUGAAGGGUAACAUGGCUGAGUUGGGUGAUAUAGGAUUCCAACCUAGCACCAGCUUAGUUCCUGCAUUUCCGAUGGCCAUGUCUCAACCUGAGAGCCCAGUCAAAGCCCGGGCUGCUCUUGGUUUUCUACUCUCUGAGAGGGGUGACUUCUUCCGGGAGUUCAUUCUUGAUGAGAUUGUCAAGGCCAUCGACGCAGUUUCGAGGGAGCAAUUACUACAAAUUGCUGCAUCUUUUGGACUCAGAAAUGCCACCCCAGUUUUUGGCAUGGUUCCUGUCAGGUCCAGAGCAUUGCUUCCUACAAUCACGGAGGAAGACAGGGUCAUCUUGAACAAUGUUGAGAAGGUCGUCAAGUUCCUAACGGCUGGGACAGCAAAUCCAACAAUGAACGGGGACGUAAAUGUUGUGUCUUUGGUACAAGAACUUCUACCUGUGUUGCCGAGCAUCUCGUCGAAAAUCCUACCGGAUGUCUUGAGUCGCUUGUCAUCACGGGUGUUUGCGCGGGUGAUCCGGGAAGCAUUUUUGUGAAGUGGUAUUUUUUUGACAGGAAAUUACAUAGUUAUUUCUCCUCUUUUUUUCUUAUCCAAACAACACACACAUGCACGAUGAUAGAAUGCUGUACAGCAAUAUGAUGUAUAGAAUUUAUACUUAUAUAUAUGCAGAUUAACAAAUGUUUAACCAGCAAUUCUGACUU